CCCUCGUCUCUUUCUUGCAAAAUACUGCGGUGAGCCUGGUCUUUUUGUUGUUCCUGCUGGCGCUGGAGCUGUUUUUGGGCCAAGGAGUCAUCGUACUCCAAGAUGUCUUCUGGAGUGAGCUUGAUGGUGGUGGCCUGACGUCUUAGCAUGGUGAUUACGCUUGAGGGAGCUGUAGAGUUGUCUCGGUUUUGCUGCCAACUAAAAUGAGACUGCUGACAUACAAACAGUGACACGUGACCGAGACCAUCCAACGUUGAACGACCCUGAGCGCGGAUUCCUACACAGUCGACAUCCACUGGCAAGCAGCAGUCCUCCAUAGAUCAACCUAUCCCACCCCUCCAGACGCAUCUGCACUGAGGCUACCGACCAGCGCUACUUUGACCCCCGUAGCACUACCAACGACCAAGUUACAUCCCACCAAGGUUAAGCGCACCACGCCAUAGCCGCUACCCAUCAUCCCUCAUAGAAUGGCCAGUACGAGAUCGCAGCAAGUGAUAACAUUAGCAGCCGUACGUUCACUUAACAACAAGGAUAGCCACGAACAGAGAAAACCUGUUAUUUGGAAGGAAUUAGGAGUCUAUUUGGAUAAAAAAGUCGACAUCAGCACCAAACCUGACUCAGAAAGCUCGACAAGAUCAUCGCUCAUUGCUGGUUCGAUCCCCGACAGGUCCUACUUAUCUACCAACAUUGGAUAUAAGAUCUGUAACUCGUGCAACAGACCCAUCGGAGACAAGAGUUUAGCAAGCCAUUUGACCAAGUGCUUAGAAAUGAAACAAAGAAAGGAAGAAGGUGCAGACAAGGGAACGCCUUCGUUGAAAAGAAAGAGAGGAAGAGCCAACAACUUGUUGGAUAUUGAGCCUUCAUCAGUGGAUUCAUCUCGAAACUCCACCCCAGUGCCCAGCACCCCCAACAGUAUGACUAACGGCGUAUCCAAGCCUAAGAAGAAGUACAAGAAAUCACAGACUCAAAAGGAGAAAGAAGCCGCAAAUGCAGCAGCGGCAGCGGCAGCAGCAGCAGCUGGAACGUCGUCUAAAAAGGAAUCCGUUGGUUCAGUUGGCAAGAAGAAAAAGCAAGCAAAACCAAAAUCCACAGCCAAGCCAAAGGGUCCUGUUGAUGUAGAGAAGCAAUGUGGUGUACCAUUGCCUUCUGGUGGAUUCUGUGCAAGAUCAUUGACUUGUAAGACACAUUCCAUGGGUGCAAAAAGAGCAGUCAUGGGAAGAAGUGCUCCAUACGAUGUUUUAUUACAACAGUACCAGAAACGAAACCAAGCCAAGAUUGCCGCCUCAAAUGCGUUGGCGGCACAAAGAAGGGAGAAUGCCGAGUUCAACGGAGUUGGUGACAGCAUGUCUGACGAUCUCAAUGGAAGCUACAACAAGAUCCUCGAUCCCGAUGAGGAGACGAACUUGGUAUUGGAAGGUUUGUCCAAAAAUAACCCAAUACCUUUGGAAAGGAAAGUCUUACUUCCAGUCAGGAGCCGACACAGAUUUCUUUCAACAAGAGAAUUUUAUGCCAAUGCAUUCAUUAUCUCUGGAAACAACAACAGCAACAACGCCAGUACUGCUAACGGAGGAAGUAGUGCAUCUCAAUCAGCAGAGCAAACACUCGCGAACCAGGCGAUUUCAGGCUCCAUUGGGGGUCUUCAAGGUCGGUGUGCAUUGAUAAAUGUGGAUGCUCCUUCAUCCAACUCAGAUUCUUCCACCCAGUCGUUCUCAGCAAUUCCCGGAGAAAUGUAUCAAGUGAGAGCGCCACUGAAAGCCAUUAUAACUACUGCUCAGCAUAACGCAUUACAACAACAGGCAUUCCAGCAACAAGUGUUGAAAUUCCAACAACAGCAGCAGCAACAAAUGUUGAUGAAGCAGAAGCAGGCUAGAGCCGCAGCCGCGGCAAACGCCAACGUUUCAGCCUCUCUGCAGCAAGCUUAGGGCCGUGUAUAUUAGUUAGGAUUCUUUGAUAGAUCUAAGAGGUGUUUGGUGCAAAAUA